AUGGCAGUCAGAUUCGGCCGCGAAAGUCCAUAAGGUGAAAGGUCUAUUCAUAUAUCUCGUCUGUGCUCGUAUAACUCGUCUGCGUUAAAAGAUUUACCGACAAAGAACGCGGCAAUGCAACUGCCAUCUUGUAUAGCUUUCCUAAGUUACACCGAUUACCACAUGUUCAUACAUUAAUAGUAAAUAUUUAAGAGGUUGUUUUUCAUCAAGCCACAGGCGAGGUAUAAAUAAACACUUUAGAAAUAUAUAAAGCACCAUGGCAGCAAAUCCAAAUUUGACUGAUAUGACGGAGGAAGACGCGGCUGAUCUGCAGUUUCCGAAAGACUGCUCAUCGAGUAGAACAGAAAUGAUCGAGUAUGACGUAGAACUCGACGUGACAGUCGUGAAGGAUGAAAUCAUUACUUCAGACCCAACAUGCCGCGUAUGCAAAUCUGUUUUGACGGAACCGUACAUUCGUUGUGCUGUAUGUAAUAACACGGAAUUGUGCCCCUCUUGUUUCUCCAGUGGAUCUGAAAUCGACGAUCAUAAAAACGAUCAUGAUUAUAUUAUCAUAAAGAAUGAGUUUCCUUUGAUUAUUGGAAGCGGUUGGACAGCAAAGCAAGAAUUAGAAUUUUUAGAUAUAAUACAGGAAUGUGGUUUUGGUAAUUGGGUAGAUAUGUCGAAAAGAAUGCAAGGAAAAUCUGCAGAUGAAUGUAAAAAUCAUUAUCUUCAACAUUAUAUUGAUAAUCAAUCUUUACCAGGAUUACCAAAAAUCAAAGAAACAGAAACAAGUUUAUUCUAUUCUGAGCCUACUCCCUAUUUGUACAAAUUACAAGAUUUGGAGGAACCACCUCGGUUUGCAUCUAAUACUCUUAAUUGUAAGCUUUUGGCUGGGUAUAAUCCAGCAAGGUCGGAUUUUGAAGUAAAUUUUGAUAAUCAUGCAGAAUUGUUAAUUUCUGACUUGAACUAUGAUGAAUUUGAUACAAACGAUGGUAGUUAUGGAUUAGGUAAAGCAUUACAAAUAGCUAUAGUCCAAGCAUAUAAUAAUAGAUUGAAAGAACGUAUGAGAAGAAGAAAAAUUAUACGCAAUCAUGGUUUGAUAGCAUUUAGAAGAACUAUAUCAUGGAUACAAAGAUACGAAUGUACAAUAACUAGAACACUUGCUGAAAGAUUAUUAAUUUUCAUGCAAUUACUGGGUGGUAUAGAGUUCGACUAUUUCAUGGAAGGUCUAGAUCGUACUGGAGAACUUAAGAAUUAUUUGAACAAAUUAUUUGAAUUUCGUAGAAAUGGUUUAAAGCAUUUCCACAGUGUUCUAAUGUUUCAAAAAUUAAGUAAACUUAGACAAGAAAAUGAAAGGGAAAGAAAGCAAUACUUGAAUAAUCCUGAAUAUAGUUGGAAGUCUAUAUUACCUGGUUGCAAUAUUAACUCUAAUACUUCGAUAUCAAAUACGAUUUCACAACGAAAAUCGGCGCCGCCUCUUAGUAUUAAAGGUCUUCCCGGGUAUGAGAAACUUACCUCUGCUGAAAAAGAACUUUGUUCAGUUACGCGUAUAGUACCUGCUAAUUACCUUGAUUUUAAACAACUUCUGAUAGGGGAAAAUAAAAAGAAUGGUUAUCUCAGGUUGGCACAAGCUAGGGUUCUACUUAAAAUUGAUGUAAAUAAAACGCGUAAAAUAUACGAUUUCCUUACAGAAAAGGGUUACAUAAAUAAACCAAAUCAAUGAUAUAUGCUUCAGUAAUAUAGCAGAAAUGUACAAAUUUUAUAGACACUUUAUAUUUUGUGAGUACUGCCAGAAUUGUGAUAUUACAUAUUAAGAUUUAUUUUUUAAAUUCUUAACCAAGUUUAAGAAUUGAAAAAAUCGACUGAAAAUGAAGUGAGUAUACAUGAUAGUGUGAAAAUAAUAUGGUAACUAAUAAAA